AUGUCGCCCGACACUGAACAGUAUCUGUCCGACAGGAAGAUCUCGAUUGUCUCCAAGAACGACCUUGAGUUGAGCAUGGGUGGUGCAGAGGGUCAAGAGCCCGUCGACGGAGUUAUAGUGCCGUCGCUGGGUGCAGACCACACUUUUCCAGACGGCGGGUACAAGGCCUGGAUGACGGUCCUUGGGGGCUGGCUGUCGUUCAUUGCAGGCAUUGGCGUUCUGACGGGCUUCGCGGUGUUCCAGAGCUACUACAGCACUGUUGUACUGACCGGAUACUCUGCCGACGACAUUGCCUGGAUCGGGAGCCUGCAAACCUGGGGAUGCUACUUCUUCGGAAUGUGGGCUGGCCGUCUGUCUGACCAAUACGGGCCAAAGGUGCCCAUGGCCUUUGGAUCGGUGUUUAUGAUCCUGGGCACCAUGACUGCUUCGGUGUCGACUAAGUACUAUCAGUUCAUCCUCUCGCAAGGUCUGUGUUCAGCGCUGGGCAUCGGGUUUGCUUUCACCCCGGCUCUGGCCGUGCAGUCUCAGUGGUUCCUGAAGAAAAGAGGAUUUGUCGUCGGCAUGGUCAUAUCGGGCCAGAACGUCGGAGGUGUUAUCUGGGCAGUUCUCGUCAACCAACUGGUCAACUAUAGGGGUGUCUCAUUUGGCUGGACUCUACGCAUCAUUGGCUUCAUGCAGCUGGCCUUGAUGGUGGCUGCAGUGCUCCUGAUUCAACCACGGUUCCCACGCGGGAUGCCACGCGAACCCAUCAGGAUCAAGACCUACUUCACCGAUAAACGAACUCUCCUCUUUACCCUGGCAAGCUUCGUUAUGAACUUGGGCAUCUACAUUCCCUAUACCUACGUUUCCACAUACGGCUAUCAAUACGGACUUUCGGCGCGGAUGGCCUUCUAUCUUGCCUCAAUCCUCAACGCUGGAGCCUUUUUUGGGUGCUACGCUUUGGGCUUUGUUGCCGAUGCUGGCUUGGGAUUUUUCGACUCCCUGAUCAUCACAGCUUUUGCCUCUGCCAUUGUUGCAUUCGCCUGGAUAGCCGCGCGGGCCCCAUCUGGCAUUAUAGUGUGGACGGCGGUCUAUGGCCUCCUGUCUGGAGCUCUUCAAGCUAUAUUCUCCCCCUGCAUAUCUCUCUUGGCCCCGUCACCGGAAGUGAUUGGUACCUGGAACGGCCUUUGCAUCACAGCCCUUGCUUUUGCAGUUCUAGGUGGAGGUCCUAUUGGUGGAAGGCUCCUUGAGAAUGCAGGAGAUACGAACUACGUGCCCAUGCAGGUGUUCACAGGUGUCUGUAUGGCAGUCUCAUGUUGUCUGUAUAGUGUCACCCGAUUGUGGGUGUCUCGAGACCUGAGAAAGAGAGUCUAG